UAAUUGAUAGCAAGUAAUUUUCAAGUCAGGUUCGAACACGUUUCAUUUAGCCUACACCUCUUAGCAGUUUCAAACGUGGCUUUCGCAAGAAAUUAUAAAAUAGUUAUGAAGUUACUUUUCAUUUGCUUCCUUUUUGUAUUAGGCUAUGCUUAUGCAACACAAGUUUGUGAAGAACUAACAUGCACUUAUAUUGACACAUGUGAAAGACAUCCUGAUGAAAGAGAUUAUCCAUGUCCACCAUAUCCAUGUUGUUCUGGUGAUGAUUUCUUUGUCACAUAUCAUGAUGGUGAUCGAUGCUGCUGCAAUCAUCCGUUGUGGACUUAAAUCAUGAAGUAACUUAUAAGAAGUUUAUUCUUUACUGCGAGUUAUUCAAGUUGUUGUUAUUCAAAUAAAGGAAUGGAAAAUAAAUAUAAAUUCUCCAUGAUUUAUUAUUAACAGUCAAUUCUACUUUAUUUUAUAAAUUUUUUUUAUCUAAGAUAUUUUAAUAACCAUCAAGGAAAAACAUUG